AUGCUACCACAUCACAACUUAGAUUCCUCAAUGUGCGAAUUAUUUGGGGAUAUUUCUCUGGCUGAUCCAACAUUUUACAAGAGUGGUCCGAUUGAUGUACUUCUCGGUAUUGACCUUACUUUGCCAUUGCUAAAGGGUCAAACGUUAUCGUUAGGUAAGGAUAAACCAUUUGCCAUUCGUUCAGAACUGGGUUGGAUAAUUGGCGGUAAGGCUAAUUUUGGUGAUCAAAAUUCUCUUCAUGUAAAUAAUAUUCAGUUCGUGUCAGAUCAUCUAAUCAAUAAAUUUUGGGAAUUAGAUUCUGUACCAUGUGCUAAACCCUUCACUUCUUUAGAAAAGUCGUGUGAAGAUCAUUUCGCAAAGACACAUUCUAGGGAUGAGAAUGGCAGAUAUACAGUAAGGUUACCAUUUCAUACACCUCCCACGCGGUUAGGUGAUUCAAAACAAAAUGCAAUUCGUAGGCUAAUCAGCGUGGAACGCCAUCUCAUUUCUAAUCUAGAAAAAUACGAACUCUAUCGCAAAUUCAUGAAGGAAUACAUUGAUCUAAAGCACAUGGAGCUGGUUCCAGAUUCUGAAAUUAAUAACAUCAAUAGUUUGUACCUCCCUCAUCACGGAGGUGUUAGAAACACUAGCUCUACAACUAAGCUCCGCGUCGUCUUCGACGCUUCAAGUAAAACCUCGUCUGGACUUUCUUUAAACGAUUUGCUCAUGGUUGGACCAAGAGUACAGCCAGAACUUUUCCCUAUCCUGAUUCAGUUUCGACUUUUCAAUGUAGCCAUUUGCGCUGAUGUGGAAAAGAUGUUCCGCCAGAUUAAAGUUCAUGAGGAAGACGUAGACUGGCAAAGAAUUCUUUGGAGGGAGUCUCCAAACGAACCAAUAAAAGAAUAUCGUCUAACUACUCUUACCUACGGAACAUCCUCAGCACCAUUCCUCUCCACGAGAACCUUACGACAGCUUGCCAUAGACGAACAAGAGAAUUUUCCAGCCGCUUCAAGAGCUACCCGUUGUCACUUUUAUGUACUUGAUUUGCUGAGUGGGAGUGCGACAAAGAAGGAAGCCAUUCAACUGGUAUCCGAGCUGCAGGAAAUGAUGAAAAAGGGAGGCUUUUCUUUACGUAAAUGGGUGUCAAACGAUCCCGACGUACUGGCAACCAUUUCAAAAGAAUUACAGGCAAUUGAUUCAAAACACACGAUCAGCGAUGACCAAACUGUCAAGAUUCUGGGAAUAGCUUGGCUUCCAGAUGUUGACAAGUUCACCUUUACCAUCACCGUCAAUGAGAUGGACGUAUGGACUAAACGUAAGGUACUUUCUGAAGUCGCUAAAAUCUUUGACCCCUUGGGCUGGUUGGCACCUACAGUUAUCAUUUCCAAAAUCUUCCUCCAAGAGCUGUGGAGUCAUCAUCUAAGCUGGGACGAGGAGCUACCUGAUUCUCUGGCAAAGCAGUGGAGAACAUUUCAAGAACAGCUUCCUGUACUUACAAAUAUCAAAAUUCCACGCUGUAUUCUCAUUUCCCAGGCUUCAGACGUGCAAGUACACGGAUUCUGCGACUCUUCAGAGAAGGCCUAUUGCGCAGCUAUAUACAUUCGUUCCCAGGAUGUAACCCUAGCUGUGACAUCCAGACUGCUAACAUCCAAGACGCGUGUCUCUCCAGUAAAACCGCAGUCUUUACCUCGAUUGGAACUCUGUUCUGCUUUACUUCUUGCCAAUUUGUUGCAAGCUACCUUGCCAACGCUAACUGUGCCAAUCUCUGAGACAUUUGCGUGGUCUGAUUCCAAGAUCACACUGGCAUGGCUGAAGUCUGAACCAAGAAGAUGGCAACCGUUCGUAGCUAAUCGAGUAGCACAAAUUCAAGAGCUGACUCCUAAUGUGCACUGGAACCAUGUGAGCGGUCUGGAGAAUCCUGCUGAUUGCGGAACAAGAGGGAUACCUCCAAUUAAACUAGAAAGGUGCGACUUGUGGUUCAACGGACCUGAUUGGCUAAGGAGUUCUACUUUUCCUAAUGGAGGGUUUGAGGAUAAUCCAGAAUUGCAAAAAGACAUGUCUGUAGAAGCUAAAGGAACAUCCAAGCUGGUUAUGCUGCAAGUGGUUGAUGCUUCUUUCAAGGCAGAGUUUUUUCAGAAAUUUUCAUCUUGGAACAAGUUGAAGAAAGUUGUAGCCUAUUGUUUAAGAUUUGGGAAGAACUGUUCUCUGGCUGCGGAUAAAAGAAAUAAGUCUUUUUUAACAACGACAGAAUUGCACGAAGCCGAGAAAAGGAUUGUAAGAUUUAUCCAGCAGGAUCAUUUUUUGACGGAGGUCUCCUAUCUGUCAGCGGGAAAGCAGCUUCCUUCGAACAACAAGAUUAAUCCCUUGACUCCGUUCUACGAUGAUUCCGGAAUAAUUCGUGUCGGUGGGAGACUAAAAAAUUCAAUGCUUUCAGAAUCGCAGAAGCAUCCCAUCUUGCUUCCUAAAACCGACCAUGUUGUGAAUUUAAUUAUCGCCGAUUAUCAUCUAAAACUUCUUCAUGCCGGUCCACAACUUCUCCAAGCAGCUCUCAGAGAAAAAUUUUGGAUUCUUUCAGCCAGAGAUGCAGUUAGAAGAGUUGUAAGAAAAUGUAUCCCGUGCUUCAGAAAUCGUCCAAGGCUCACUGGUCAAAUCAUGGGAGAUCUUCCAAUGUCCAGAGUUUGCCCCUCUUCUGUCUUCCAACGAACUGGUAUUGACUUUGCAGGCCCAUUCUUAAUACGGAACUCCAAGGGAAGAGGAAGCCGCAAUACUAAAAGCUACAUCUGCGUCUUCGUUUGCCUCGCAACGAAGGCAGUUCAUCUUGAAGUCGUCAGCGACUUGUCAUCAAAAGCCUUUAUCGCUUGUUUAAAAAGAUUCGUGGCACGCAGAGGUAGGCCAUCUGACCUCUUCUGCGAUCAAGGAAGUAAUUUUUAUGGAGCGAGCAGAGAGCUUAGGAAGGAGUUUCGUCAGUUGAUGAAGGAAGACGACGUACAUCAAUUUCUGGUAACAGACAACAUCACCUUUCACUUCAAUCCUCCAUCUGCUCCCCACUUCGGAGGCAUUUGGGAGGCUACCGUGAAAUCGUUCAAGUUUCAUUUGAAAAGAGUUGUUGGAGCCACCAGUCUCACAUUCGAAGAAUUAGCCACGUUAUCAAGUCAAAUUGAGGCAUGCCUUAAUUCUAGACCACUAUGUGCAUUAUCUAGCAGUCCAGAUGAUCCGUCUGUUCUGACUCCAGGACAUUUUCUAAUAGGAAAAGCAUUAACAGCUGUUCCUCAAUCUACGGUUCCAGACGACAUCAGUCAUUGCGAUCGUUGGCGAUUGCUUAUAAGAAUGAUCCAACAUUUUUGGAAUAGAUGGUCGUCCGAGUAUUUGACGUUGCUACAAUCAAGAGCGAAGUGGCGCAAUUCUCAAAAGAACCUUGACAUUGGAGAUCUUGUUUUAAUCAAACACGACAACUUACCUCCACUACAGUGGAAAUUAGGGAAGGUCACGGAAACGUUCCCUGGUAAAGACAAUAAAGUACGUGUGGUCAAGGUAAAAACUGACACUGGUGCACUUGUUAGACCAAUUGCAAAACUGUGUCCCCUUCCUAUAGACACUUGA